CAUUAAAAUUAAGAUCCGGUUAGGAAAUCAUUAAAUUUAGCAUGCAAACCCUGACGUACAAAAAAAAAGUUCGCCAGGACGUGCGUAAAAAAUUGUUCCAAGUUGUGCAAAUGGUGACGUAAUUCAGAGUGCUGGUACUCAUUCAAUACAUUUUACAAACGGGCGGCUUACUGAACUGAUCUCCCGCCGCAACGGUAUGGAGAUAAGUAGUACGUUGGAUAAGAUCACUCGAUUAGCCAAUCACAAACAAGAUAAGCAAUGUUGGCUCGCAGUGACGCACUGCCGCCUUGAAAGUUCGAUUUGGUUAACUUGGCCUUUUGCACGUCUGGUCAGUUAUGUAGUUUAGAGUGAAUUUCUUUCAAGUCUGGCGUGAAGCACGCGCGUUUUUCCCCACGUUGCGCUGUACAGUUAACAUGGAGCCUUUGUUGGGCGGAACGUAAGUGAAAUGAUAGGAGUUGUGAUAAUUCUCCAGCUCAGUUUUAUUGCCGGUUCUCUUUCGGCGAGGACCGGUCUUCGGUUCUCAAAAGACCCAACGGCCUUUGCUGUUUUCAAGGGAUGGAACGCCAAAACAAACGGAAAUUUAACAUUUCAUUUCAAGACGGAUAACAAAAAUGGUUUCCUGGUUUACGAAGACGACAAAGGACAGUGCCAAUACAUUUAUUUGUCUUUGGCGGACGGGCGGCUUAGAUUGCGCCUUAAAAUGGGUAACUGCGAUGAAACGCAAACACUACUCGUCGGUCAUAAUCUGGCGGACGGAAACUGGCACAAAGUAACUGUCCAACGAAAUUACAAGUCCACAACAAUUACAGUGGACAGUUGGACUAACAGUACGGAAUACAAAGGAAGAGGCAGACAGACUCUUGGAGUUCAAAGCGAUUUGUUUGUUGGUGGAAUUCCGUGGUAUAAGCCAUUCAAUGAUCUCUCCUUUCCAGCUAUUAAAUACGAAAGCAUACAUUUUAACAGUUUUGAUGGCUGUAUAAGUGGAAUAAUGCACAGCAAUGGAGUAAGACCUUUGAGAGAAGCCCAGCUGCAAAACACUUCAGGGACAUCGGAGGGCUGUUUGGAUCCUUGCUCGCAAACAGAUAAAUGUGAGAACGGUGGAAUUUGUCGUGAUAGUGUAAGCAGUGUAUGGUGUGACUGUAACGGAACCAGAUUUGAAGGAGUCAAUUGUACUGACGAAACAUCUUCAAUUUGGCUGAACGGAAGUGGCUAUAUCGUUUUCCACGUGAACCCGGCGGAGGAAAAUUUCUAUUCAAACUACAGUUACGUUGCGUUUCACUUGAAGACAGAGAAUUCGGGUGGUAUUAUAUUCAGCCUUCAGUCACCAUAUGGAAAUGACUCUCUGCUGAUCGAGAUGACUGAUGGCAAAAUAAGAGUGGAAUUAGAUCUGGGAGAAGGUCAGCUGGUUUUGGCGGGAAAAGGAGUGAAAGUCAAUGACGACAAGUGGCACUGGGUCGAGUUUAGCAGGCGGCGUCGUAAAGUCGCUUUAAAGAUAGAUCAUCGUCCCCAGGCCGGUGGAGAGAUGCCCGGGAAAUCCUCUCAGCUUAAAUUGGGCCUGGAGCCCAAAGUGUACUUGGCUGGGGGCCCAAGGAACGCUUUCAGAAAAUCCGAAUCGAAACAGAACUUUAGUGGAUAUCUACAAGAGUUUUACUUUAGGCACACGAAGGUCUUUGACAGCAUCGUGCCUACGAUUACGGAUAGACGAUUUGUAAAAGUUGGAAUUGUGAUUGAUGGAACUAUCAUACUUGACGGCAGCGCUUCAGGGUGCUUCCCGGUCGGGGACGACGAGGAUGAGGAUUGCAGGGGCACAGCUACUAAUGCCCCUUCAGAAGGCGUGAUGACGUCAGCAACUCGCCUCUCCACUGACCCAGGCCCCAUGCCCACUGGAGUCCAGGCCCAGCGCUCAUUACCGCAGGUGGUGCCAUUUUGGAUCAUCUCCGUGUUGGUGGUUAUAGCAGCCAUUGCCAUUCUAGUGACAAUCUUUUUCUUGUACCGCUGGAACUCUCGCUACAGUGGCUCAUUUAAACCUGAGUCUGCUUCAUCCAGCUGCGGGAAUUCGCCAAAACACAGCGCUCAGCCAACCGCGAAACCUCGCAUUUAUGUCUCAGCACACGAUGAGAAAGUUUAAGGGUGCUCUCCAGUUUGAGUCAGUGUUAUGUGCUGAGUGUUGCUAAACACCAUGGAAACGAAAGAGGUGGCCCUUUGAUCACUGAGCGAGAUCCAAAACGGAUUCCUUAAUCACUACCUGAUGGUCAGGAGAAAAAAGCUCUUUAUAAAAGAGGAAUGUUUUCAAACAAUGUAGACUGCAUUUGCUUCCAGAGUGUGAAUUGAACAGAGCAGCUUGUAAUUAUUUAAAGGCGUGCCGAGUGAGCUUUGCUAGGAGAUUGUGUCGUGUGUGGUUCCAAUACGGUUUCAUUCUACGAGUCUUGAGUGUGACAGUUACAUCAGCAACUAUUCAAAAUGAUUCAUAUGCACCAGUAAUGCAAGUACAUAGCUCGUUGAACCGAGGAACACGUAAAAUGUAAAGGAAUCUAAAUGAUAUAAAAUAAACAAUUAUUGAGCGUUCCAAUCAAUAAGAGAUUUUUUACGAAAGAUUAAGUUGCUGGAGAAAUUUCCAGAGAUUUGAUUACCACUCUUCGCUACUCAGGAAAAAUAUGCAAUGACUGAACGAUUGCGACAUUUUUUUGUGAUUAAGAGUGUGAGCAUUGUUUGUUGUUGAAGUUUGGCAAUGCUAGUGCAUGACCUAAGUCAGUUUGAAUUAAGAUUAGCAUAAACGGCAACAAAAAGGCAUUGAAUCGUCUUCUCCAAGCCUGGAAUUCAUAUCGAUCCAAAUUUAUGGCAUGUUUGUACUUUGUAUAAGGAGAAAAUCACGGUAUAACUCCAAAAGGUUAAUUACCUAGGAUGAUAUCUUAUUAUCAUGAUGAGAGCCAAUGCCUGGUUCUUUGAUGUCACGUGAUUACAUGUAUUUAGUUUGCUUAGAGUUACGUCAUCAGUAUGGAAUGUGUCGGGUCGAAUCUAAGACGCUCUAUGAUCUAUUUGCUGCGCAUUUGAAAGGAGAACGCUAACAGAAAAGCCAAAACAGCUGCGCCUCCUAAAAAGUUUGCUUUUAUAUUUAAGCUCCUAGCGCAUGUUUUUCACUUGUAAAUUAAAUAUUUAGCGAGAUAUGAACAAGCAUUAUUAGUAUUAAAUUUUUGCUUUGUACAAAAAAGAAUUUAGGAAAAUGAAUCGAGGGUGAACGCUUAAAAAAAAAACAGGUGGAUCAUGUAAUUGAACAUUAUUAUGAACUGGGAUUAAACAAUAGCGGAUAAAUGUGCGACAACUAUAACAGGCUCCAUUUAGACAGCACAGCCAAAAGCAUUGCAGAACGUUCAAGGAAGAAUUGAUCAGGUUGAAAUGCUGUUAAACCGGACACUGACUAUGCUUUGUUACCGUUCUGCGAUGUGAUUACUUGUCACUGCUCGUUGUCUAACUGUUUCCAUUUGCAGUAGUCGAACAUAAAGGAUACGAUCGCUAGAUAGUUUUAAAAUGACAUUUUUUUUAAUUUGAUUCAUUUUUAGAAAUAAAACUAAUAAUGACAUUGUGUUCGUUUCCUUUAUAUCCUGAGAUUCUGCGUUUGAUAAGAAAAGCAUAGCGCCUCUUUGGCUUGUUCCAAUUUCAGCUAGGUUGUUAAUUACUCUACAAAUAACUUACGGAAACCGUGCGCGUAGAGGACCGGGCAGACUUUUGGUAUUGGAAAGUAAAACUGCUUUAAGAUAGA